CAACUUCACGUUUCAUUGGUUUGGGUGUGUAUCUUUUUGUUCAAGUCAAGCGAACCUGAGCUCAUUUUUCGGAAAUCUUAACAAAAUAUUUGACAUAAAGCUGCGCGCCCCCUCCAUACAGAUUCAUCCAAAAACAACACAAAAAAUUGAGUAACAAAAAAAGAAAGAAAUUAAGACAAUUUUGAAAGCAUUUUAAGCAACAAAUUAAGCACACAAUCACCAACUACACUUACUAUAUUGUAUUUGCAUAUCGUAUCUGAGAACAUUUUCAACCAUAGGCUUAUCCGAGACAGCCGUAAUGGACGUAAUGUCAUCUUCCCUACAACAGCAGCGCAUUGUCGUUGACCAGCUACGCCGGGAGGCGGCGAUCGAUAGGCAGUCCGUGUCGGUGUCGUGCGAUAAAAUGAAGAAGUAUAUAUCGGAGCACGAGCAAGAAGAUUAUCUGUUGACUGGCUUCACCAGUCAAAAGGUAAACCCAUUCCGUGAGAAGUCCUCGUGCACUGCUCUUUAAGCAGGUUUUUAUGGAUGGAUCGGUGGAUGAUAUAUGUAUUCCGUUUUUAAGUUCUUUAUAAAAACACAAGCACACAAAAUUAAAAUAGAUAAACUUGAACAAUAAAAAAGUCGACACCACCAGCU